UAAUAUUUCGUGAAGAAAAUAUUUUUUUUCGGAUAUGAAAUUUUCAAAACAUUUCUUUCAUAGGUUAAUCUAUCGAUAAACUAUGUUUUCGGUAGAAAUCCUAUCAUUUAACUUGUUAGUACCUAUAAUGCCGUAUAUAUAUCUAUAUCUGACAAGAAUCUAUAUUAAUCAAUAUAAAAUCUAAAAAUGAAAAGUAAUUUAUUAUUUAAAAUAAAUCUCUUGUUAAAAUCAGAAACAAAGUCUUAUAAAUUUAUUUUCUUUAGGUCGUACAUGAAAAGGAGAAUUAAGUAUAAUUCCUAGUGAAAUUAUAAUUUUAACACCAUCAUUACAUCAAUUACCUCAUUUACAUUAUGGUUUAAAAGAUAACGUUAAAUAAGAAAAAUUUUUUUUUUGUUUCAACUUUUUUAGGAAACACGUUAUUGUGAACGUUAUCUUGAUUUAAUAAUGAAUCAUGAUGUUCAAGAAAAAUUUAUUAAAAAAGCAAAAAUUAUUUCUUAUCUUCGAAAUCUUUUUAAUGCAUUAGGUUUUCUUGAAGUUCAAACACCAAUGAUGAAGAUGAUUGCAGGUGGUACAACAGCUGAACCAUUU